CAAAUAAAAAAUAACGUAAUGGCCAUCAUCACAUCAUCAGAAAACACGUGCUCUUAUAGGAAAAUAAAUUAUGAUUUUUAAAUUUUAAAUUUAUUUUAUAAAUUUAUACGCGGAUUUAAAUAAAUAAAUAAAUAAAUAAAUAAAUAAAUAAAUGAAUAUAUAUAAAAAUGCCUGAAACAAUGAGUGAUGAUAUAAAUAGUGUAAAAAUGCCCGAAAGUAAAAUAUUUAUAAAAAAUCGUGCUCUAGGUUAUUUAAGUAAUCAUAUACCACUUGUAACACGUUACAUUAAACGAAGAAAGGAUAAUUUGAUAGUAACUUGUGUGGGAAAAAGUUUUCAUACGUACAGUUGUUCGCAUUUGAGUCUUUUGACAGUAUCUGGUAGUCAUCCAGGUGAUAUAACAUGUUUGGCUGGUGAUACAUAUCACGUGUAUACUGCCAGCGAGGGUAAUAUUUAUGCCUGGCGUAGAGGGACUGAACUCAAGCAUACCUAUGCUAAACAUAAUCAUCAUGUUCAUGCAUUAUUGCCAUUUGGACCAAAUUUAAUUUCCGUUGAUGAUGAAAGUAUUUUAAAAGUAUGGGACAUAAAAACAGAGCAACUUGAAUUAGAGUUGAAUUUUAGUAAUAAUGUAUUUAAAAUAACAACAAUAAUGCAUCCAAAUACUUAUAUAAAUAAAAUACUGUUGGGUAGUGAGCAGGUUAAUUUGCAGUUAUGGAAUAUCAGGACAUCAAAAAUGAUGUCGGACACUCGGUAGUUUUUGUAAUUAAAUAAUUAAACUGGUAAAU